CCCGAGCGGAACUUUCAUCCUUCGUGGAAUUGAAUUUAGCAAAGAAAAGUCCCAUUCCUAAAUAUUUCUCUACUUGAAUGAAAUACGAAUCCCACCUUCUUUAACUUUUCAUGGCGAAGAAUGACAGAAUGCAGAACGUUACUAAAUCAGGAAUCACCACAGACGCAGACGGCACGCGUCUCAUACCUUCAUCAGUCCGAGCUGAUGGCUCUGUACGCAAAGAAAUUAAAAUCCGGCCUGGAUAUCGGCCCCCCGAAGAUAUAGAAAAAUACAAGAACCGAACAGCUGAGGCUUUUAGAAAUAGAGGGAAAGGAGACGUUGUAGGCUCUGAGUUGGCCAACGAAUACUCUAUUAACAGCAGUAGCAAGGGGCAAGAGUACACAAGUAAUGCCAGCAAAAGUGCCAAGCGAAGAGAGGCCCGAAAGAAAGAAGCUGCAGAAAAGAAAGAAAACAGCACUAUAGAUUCGCAAAAGUCUAUCUCUGCGCUGGACAAAAACGACGACGUCUCCGAAGAGCUGGAUCCCGAGGUCAAAAGGCAGAAGGAGGCAAAGAAGCUCAUGAAAAGACUGAGGCAAGCAAGAGAGCUGAAAGACAAAAAGGAAUCGGGCGCUUCAUUGCUACCCGAACAGAUCGAGAAGGUUAUUCGAAUCAGUGAACUGAUACGUCAACUUGAUGCUCUAGGUUUUGACAGUGACGGACAGAAGAAAGCAUGUGUGCACAACAAGGGAAUUUCGGAGGAUCCCUGAGGAGCUCAUCGCCACAAAAAUUUGCUGUCUCAUAUAGUACUGUCAACAUCAUCAUUAUCAGCAGAACCAGCAGAACCAGCAGCACAAGCAGCACAAGCAGCACAAGAAGAAGAAGAAGAAGAAGAAGAAGAAGAAGAAGAAGAAGAAGAAGAAGAAG